AUUAGCAUUGUAUCAGUCCCUUGAUUGUAAGCACACUUGCUCUUUUACAUCAAUGGCAAUGAAAUCGAUCAUCUUAAUCACCACGUUGGUUGUUUUAGCGGCAACACAAGCUCAAGCUCAGGGAAUUCUUUCCCCGUUUCUUCCCCCGAUUCCCGGAGUUGGAAUUGUGCGCACGUUAAACGUCAGCGGAAUUCUAUCUUGUUCAGUGAAUGUUACUGUUAAUGCCACAAACCCACCCCCUCCUUUCGCAAAUGCUACGGUCCAACUAGUAUGUGGUGGAAUUGUGGUAGCUUCAAACACAACAAAUGCCUCAGGAGCAUUCAACAUGGUAGUGAACCAAGCUAUAGUUUCUUUAACCAACAUUUUAUCAUCUUGUAUCCUACGUGUUCCUACGCCACUCUCGACUUGUAACGCAACUCUGCCAUCAAGCGGAACUCUACAAGCGCCGCUAGUAUUUCUGAGGAACAUCGCUGGUGGUAUUGUGGAUAUCCUUUCGGGGAUAUUCACAUUGACCUGAGUUUGAUCAUUUGAUCAGUUAGCUUCACUAUGAUAUAAUGUAUGAAUAAAUGAGGAUUGUGUUUAGCAACAUAAUAUAUACCUCUAUAUAAUGCAUGAAUAAAUGAAGCUGUUGACUUAUAUUAA